AUGUCGCUAGACAUGAGCUUAAUGGAGGAGUUGCAGCUCUUGGAACAUUUACAAGUCUUAAACAUAAGUAUCAAGUCAAGUUUGGUUGUGGAGAAGUUGUUAUAUGCUCCCAGAAUCCUCUGUCUCUGUGGCUCGUCCGAGAAGGCGAUUCUCCCUCUCUCGCCGUGGAUCUACUGGAAUCGGAAGGUUCAAUUCUGUCUCGCGGUGGCUCUCUUCUCGGCUAGUCCAAAACUUGCUGGCUGUGAAAAACGCGACGGGAAUCAAUGCAAGCAACGUUGGCACAAGCUCAAUGAAGCAGUUUGCAAGUUUUCUGGGGCAUAUGAAGCAGCCAGAAGAGAGAAAACCAGUGGCAUGAAUGACAAUGACGUUCUAAAACUAGCCCACAAAAUCUACUUCAACAACCAACAAAAGAAGUUCAGCCUUGAACAUGCGUGGAACGAGCUUCGCAACGACCAGAAGUGGUGUAAGCUCGCUACAUCUAAAACUGAAAGCAGCUCCAAAAGGAGGAAGUUCGCGGAUGGUUCACAUUCAGGAGCAAGCUCUCAAGUCAAUGAAUGCGAUGCUGGUGUAGAAGGAACAUCUCGUCCCCCUGGUGUUAAGGCUGCAAAAGCUCGUGGAAAGAAGUCGCAGGUUGAGGGGCAAGAUGUGUCUGAUUAUCAGUUCAUGUGGAGCAUGUGGAGCAUCAAGAAGGAUGACUUGGCAAUGAAUCAACAGCUCUCCAAGAUGAGGCUACUUGAGAAGCUUCUUGCAAAGGAAAAUCUAGCUGAUUAUGAAGAAGAUCUCAAGAAAAAGCUCAUAAAUGAGCUAAUGUAA